CAGUCUCUCAAACCAUACUGUCUAAAUACUAGGGCGCAUUCCCAUAUCAUGUGCUGUAGCUCGUGUCACGUUUAGCAAUACGACCGAAAAUGGCCAAGACCUUGAUGUGGAGAAUGCAAGGCAUCAAAGCAGGUGCUACGAAAGAGGCAGUCUUGGGUUACUUUGAAGAGUCCGAGCGAGAUCGGGUUCAAGUGAAGACACUCUGUCCCAGUGUCGACAAUCCCCAUCGGACACUCACCGCAACAUUUAAAUACCGACAUGAACCAACCUCGCUUGAUCAUAUUCCCGGCCUGCUAGAUCGCGUGCGGCACAGGCUAUCCAUCGAUCGUGAUUUCUUUGGUUUCACGCCACUGCAUUCUCCAGCUGCAGUUACACACGACGUAGACAUCAUCGCGGUCACUGGUCUCGCAGGUCAUGCAAUUGGAUCAUGGUCUCUUCAGGAUGGGCAGAUGUGGCUGCGAGAUUUCCUACCACACGCCACCCAGACAGCCCGUAUCAUGACGUACGGGUAUGCGACAAAAUUGCAAGGUCCUGAUCUGUCGAUUGCAACGAUGAGGGACUUGGCUGAGGCGUUUCGGUCCAAAUUGCUGCACAUGCGCAAGAGAACAGCCCAGGGUGAUCAGCGGCGAGUCUUGCUAUUCACUUGUCGUUUAUCCAAGCGCUGACAUGACGAUAGUCCUGUCGUUUUCGUCGGCCACAGUCUAGGUGGCUUAAUCAUAAAACUGGUGCGCCUAUUACCUGCUUUCUCAACAGUGAUCCACGCUAAUGUCCAAAGGCGUUAAUACAAGCGGAGGAAUCAAGGUGAAUGUCAUCCGGCCAAAGGUCGCCGCGACCAUUGUCGCAUGCUGACAAAGAUACUAGGAUCGGUCCACGCUUGCCUGUCCGACUCAUCGUCUUCUUCGCGACACCUCAUCGAGGCAUGAACAUCGACGCUCUCAGGACUGUCAUUAAGAACGAACCCCCACAGCGACUAAUCGACGAGCUAGAGCCGAAUUCCGGGAUCCUGAGGGAUCUCCAUUCCCGGUUUCGUAGAGUAUCAGAUGAUAUUCAGAUCUUAAGCGUGUACGAGUUGCAAAAGACUGCGACAGUGGUG